AUGAACAGAGGCAGCUCCUUUGCAAAAAGCCCCAGGGAAUGUAGCCACAAAUCAGAGAACUCCAAGGCUUUCAAGGAUAUUUCCAAAUAAUUCCCUAAGAAAGAGUGGGCAGAUCUGGGUUACUCAGAGAAAAUCACCUAUGUGUAUAUGAAGAGAAACUAUGACAUCAUGACUGAUCUAGACGAACCUGCUCAGGAGGCUUCCAACAUGCAAGAGAGAAAACACCUGAAGGUGAUGCCCAAGAAGCCCGAAAAGAAAAAAAAUCCUUCGAAGUUAGUACCAGCAACAUCAGGCUCAGAGCAGGCUCAGAAACAGCUGCGCUCCCCGGAAAAAGCAGAUACCUCUGGUCAGCAGAGUAAGAAAACAUCAGGACCCAAGGGAAGGAAGAUUAAUGUCUGGACCCACAGACUGCAGGAAAGAAAGAACGUGGUGAUCUAUGAAGAGAUCAGUGACCCCGAGGAAGACGACUAA